AACUGGUAUUAAAUCGAAGCAAUGAGCCACCGCGCGUGCAGAUCGCCAUUGCCCGAAUUCAAUACCAGUCGAUCAUUUUCGUUCCUUAGUGGAGAAGGUAGUGAAGAAAUGGCAUGCAUAUCACUUUGGUUACCAUCUACAAUUUUGAAGCCAUGAGCUGUUCCUGUGGCUGCUUCGUUACUGUGUGGAUGCUGCUGCUCCUGACGCCUACUUCCGGUGGCCUAUCCACCAGCCUGUUAUACAGUGCAGAAAACCAGACAACGCGCUUGAUGCCGUCGGACGACGAGCUUGAUGGUCCUCAACACGCUUCCAUGGCCACUUGGUUUACAACUGCAGGCUUUGCAGCACGUCUAAUCAGAGACGGCCUUGUGUGUUGGGCAAAAAUGGCAGAACAGAAUGGGGUUUGCAAGAACAAGCACGAGGACUUGACAUCUGAAAGCGUGUCUGAGAAAUGCAAGUCGGUGUGCAAGUUAGUCUCGUGCUACUCCAAGCUUUUCCUAGUCCGCUGCGUGGUGAAAGAUGACGAUGACGACAAGAUUCAGAACCUACUGGCACCAGGAGCGUGCCCGUCGCUAUGCUCAGGAGGUGGCAUAACCGCUCCAGCAUCUCUGGUUAUCCUUUGCGUGACAGCCUUCUUGGUUAUUCCACGAUGGACAACACUCUGAACAAGCGUUUAAGAGAAUGAAGAUCAGCGCAAGUUAAGGACAUAGUACAGGCGUAAUAAGCUUCUUGGGUAACGCCCAGUUUGUCUGCUAAAAUAAAGCUUGUGGCAGGAA